AUGGGAUCGGCGGCGAGAACAAAGGGUUGCAGAUUAUUAUGCGGUGUGUUGGCGGUGUUGCUGCUAUUCAUCAGCCGGAUUCCCGUCCUCUCCGCGCUAGCGGUGACCGUAAUCGACGUGGAAUGCGUGUACGAGUACGUCCUCUACGAUCACGACACCGUCUCCGGGAACUUCGUCGUCGUCGAUCACGACAUCUUCUGGAGCUUCGAUCACCCCGGCAUUGAUUUCAUCGUGACAGGACAAGCAGGGAGUAUUGUUCUAGAAUUAAAGGGAACAGCUGGGGAUAAAUUUGAGUUUAAAGCUCCAAGAAGUGGGAUGUACAAAUUCUGCUUCAAUAAUCCUCAUGCAACACCAGAAACAGUGUCUUUCUACAUUCAUGUUGGCCACAUUCCCAAUGAACAUGACCUUGCCAAGCAUGAACAUAUUGACCCCAUUAAUGUAAAGAUUGCUCAACUGAGGGAGGCCCUGGAAUCAGUCACGGCGGAGCAGAAUUAUCUGAAGGCCCGCGACUCUCGCCAUCGUCACACAAAUGAGAGCACAAGGAAGCGUGUCAUCUACUACACAAUUGGAGAGUAUAUUCUGCUUGCAGUUGCCAGUGCAUUGCAAGUCUUCUACAUAAGAAAACUGUUCAGCAAAUCAGUUGGAUACAACCGAGUUUGA